AUGUCGACCCCAACCUGGUGGCCUGGCGAAGACCACGCAGCCUUUACCGAAUGGACCCUCGCCCAAGGUGUUAUAGCAAAUGGUGUAACUCCAGCUCGGUUUCCAGGUCGUGGACUAGGAAUGAUAGCUACCAGAGCAAUCAAAAGAGGCGAACCUGUGGUCCAAGUGCCUACAAAUGUGAUCCUGACAAUAGAUACCCUGCCAGACUCAUUCCGGGCCCAAUUCCCUGAAGGAACCCCCGUGCAGGCGAUAAUGGCCGCCUACCUCACGCAUGGCAGCGAGGAAGAACUCUCCAAAUACGCCUUAUGGCGCAAAGCCUGGCCGUCUCGUCAAGACUUUGAAGAUAGUCUGCCAAUGCUAUGGCCUACUGCUCUCGGCGGACUUGUCUGGCCAGAUACCCCUGCAGGGUCAGACGCGCAGGCUAACGUCCUUCCGCCGUGUAUCUCGGGACGGUGGAACACCAUUCAGAAAGAUCACAGCGUGAAGAAGUACGAUACUGAGCAUCAGAAUCUUCUAGCGGGACAGCAACAGAGGCUGGGCAAGGCUUGGGCGGAUGUGAAGGCUGUGCUGCCGGAGACGAAUUGGAGAGAUUUUUCGUAUCAUUGGCUUAUUCUUAAUACGAGGAGUUUCUAUUGGGUUGGUCCAGAUCAGGAGCCGCCGGAGGAUCGGAAUGAUGCUAUGGCUUUGUUGCCGUUUGCUGAUUAUUUCAAUCACUCUGAUGUUGAGUGCGAUGUCAAGUUUGAUGCAGAUGAGUAUACGCUAUGUGCCACAGAGGACUAUGAGGCAGGAGAUGAGGUCUACAUGAGUUAUGGGAGUCAUCCAAAUGAUUUCCUAUUGGCUGAAUAUGGAUUUUUCCUCGAGCAGAACGAAUCAGACUGCGUCUACCUGGACGACAUCAUCUUCCGAGAAAUCACUAGUCCGGACAAACGGGAAGAACUAGCCCUGAACCAAUACUAUGGUAAUUACCAAGUCACCUAUCAAGGUGUUUGCUACCGCACCGAGGUGGCAGCGUGUUUAAAAUACAUGAACGAAGAGGACUGGCGGAACCACGUUCUCGACGGCUCCACCGAGGGGGUGGAUGCAAAGUUGUCGGAGGACAUCAUCAAAGGAUGGCUCCAGACAUAUUGCACAGAGGCAGACGCUGCCGUAAGUGCAUUGCGCGCGGCAAUGGAGUCCGAUGCUGUGGUGCGGACGAAUCACCAGAAGGCCGAAACGCUUUUGCGGCGGUGGGCACAGAUCAAGGAAGUCUGUGAAAGUGCAGCUAAGGCGAUUGAUUUGUGA